AUGUACCCACAUUCGAAGCAGUCGAUGGCGUCGACCAUCCAGAGCUUUGUCACAGAGAACAAGAUCGAGGAGAAGGGGCUAAAGCUCAGCGAACUGCGCCGCUUGCCGAACUCAAAUCAGGUUUCGAUCGUGUUCGAUGGCAACCGUGUGUUGGACGAUGUCGUACAAGACGUGCACGUCACCGGCCCCCUCACCAUCUUCACUGCCUCCACCCCGUGGUCCGCUUACACCGUCAUCAGCGAGUACACGGAGAUGGUGCGCAAGCUGGGCGAGUACUUUCGGGCCUGUGACGCGGACUUUAAGCCGAUGUUUGUCUUCAACGGGUGCGGGUUUCAUCCGAUGGAGGACCAGGACACAACAUCGCCGGCCCCGCCGAUGGAGGUGGCGUCCUACAGCGCCUACAACAAGAACAAGACGGUCCGCAGCGUGCCGGCCGAGGCGCAGAAAAAGUUCGCCUCGCGCUUUGUAAUCGAGGAGGAUGUCGAGGGCUUAAUCGUUAGGAAGCUGUGCGAAGUUGCUGAGGAAACGAUGCGGGCGCCGUACUUAGCCUGGAGCCAGAUCUCCGCCUUCUUCGCCCCAUCAAACACAAUGACCUCGGAGACUUUUGGGUCGCUGGAGCUGCUUGCUUUCCCUGGCAUCGACCGCGUGAUCACAAACAUCGAUGUCGACGCCGGCACCUUCGAUUGCGUGUCGAAGACCUCCAUGAUGGCCGCACUGCGCCGGCGCUACGACGCCGAGUUCUCCGAGGACGACUUCAGCGCCAUUGCCCUCUACGAAACGAAGAACCGCCUCUUCCGCGUCAAGAACUGCCGCGAGACCUUCGACGACCUUUGCCGCCUUCCGCGCGACCCGACCCGCGUAGACGCCUUCAUGAAGCAACACCGCGUCAGCGAAGAUCAGAAGCUGCUGCUGCGCCGCAACUUGGGCGCCUUGGAUGCACCGGUGUUCACCGUGGACGCGCAGCUGGUGCCGCUGUCGACGCUGCACAACCGGCCACGCCGCUGCGAGAUUCGCCCGAUCUUUGGUAGCCCGAUGCCUAUCGUGUUCUUCUACCUCUUCAUGAGUGGCCCGCUGCUGCCGCUGCCCUUCGCCAUCCACAGUCAGGAGGUACUCGCGGAUGACUGGCCGCUCAUCGACACCUCUGCCUACCGCCGCGCCGCGGAGUCGAUUUUGCCCCUACGCGUGCAGGUGGUCUUUCAACUGUUCCCGAUAGCCCCCAAGACGAGCGACUUUUACUGGAUCCGGCAGUAUGUCGUAUUCAAGAAGCAGCAGCAGGCGCCAGAGUCACAGUCGCGUGUCUGCAAGCUGAGCAACCCGCCCACAAUUGACCUGGCGUACUGGAGCUUUAUGGAGGAAGAGCUGCUGCAGUCGACGCGCGACGCAGACAACGUCUACUUCACCGAUAUUGUGUCCUUCUGCGGCUGCGCGGUGGCGGAGCCGGUCAUCUACAAGUCCGUCCAGGCUACGCUGGCUGCUGUCUAUCUGCGCUCUCUCGACUUCCUAGGCUACUUCACGCACGCCACGGACGGCGCGGAGUCGAGCGGGCCAUCUGUGUACUGCAAGGCGCUCGAGCGCUUUGAUUGCCCGACGCUGAGCGAGUACGGUGUGCUGCUGAUUGAGCUCAUGCGCACUGGCACGCUGAACGAUGAUCCGUUGGUGGUGGUGCUCAAUCGCGUCGACGACACCAUUCCCAUGGGCGUACGUUUUGCGUCUCGCCUGGUGUCCAUUAUCCCCGCCAACGUAUGCGGACCGUGGUCGGGGCCGUUUGAUCCGGAGAUGGCCGCCUUCGGCGUCAUUUCUCGUCUGUUUAGCCGCACCCUGCGCGUCCUACACGAGGUUGUCGCCAUGCUUCUCUUCGCCAACCGCGCGACGACGGUGCCGUGGGACCAGUUCAAUAACGUUGUGCAGCGUCUUCCCUUCAACUUCCCGGCCGAAUUCUCUGCGGGCUUCCUGAUGACGUACGUGCUAUGCAACCCGCAGUGCACGAUGGAGGAACUGUGCACCACCUUCCCUGAGAUGUACGCCCUGGACACCGACUUGCAAACGCUCUUCUGGUUCUUCACGAUGGGUUUCGAGGCGAUUCGCGUCAUCAAUUACGAGGAGCCGCUGUCGUACGACAUGGUGCAGGUGAUAAACGCUGCGCGGCAGCUGGUUGGCCAGGCGUGCGAGCGCCUCUGCCCCGAUGUCUUCGUCGCACACUUUCCCACGGCUGACAUCCUUUUCGUUGCGCAGAACCAGGGCAUGGACAUGGGCCCGAUGGAUCCGCAGAUGGACGUCCCCAUGCCGAUGAACAACAUGCACGGCCAGAUGCCGAACAACAUGAACAUGAACAUGAACAUGAACAUGCACCCCGGCAUGAACUCCAACAUGAUGCAGUAUCAGCCACCGAGGAUGUACUAG